AUGUCUUUUGAAAGCAGUACAACAUUGUUGCAAGAGACGACGUGUUUGGGUUUGGAAAAUCGUCCAGCGCAUCUUUCUACGGAUUCCACAAUGCGAGACGGACAAAAGACGCGCUUUUAUGUCGAAUUGGAAGAGAAAUGCAAACGCCAGGCUGCCAAAGAAGUGAGCGAGCUCAAAGCAGCGGAUGAACGGAAAGAUGAGAGAGAGAGCGGUCAUGAUCUUACAGUCGCGCGUGUUCCAAGGUAUCUAAAAGAAGAGAACAUUUCGAGGAUUGAGAAUUACUUGUCUGAAUAUUACAUGGAAACUGUUUAUCAGAGACUUUGGGAGAAAGCACAGAAUGCCGUGUUUGGAGCAGAAUGCAUGAGCUGA